AUGAGGACAGCCUUGUGUUUGUGGAUCGUCAUGGCAGUGCUCUGCCCAGGAGAGGUCAAAGGUCAUAAAGGUCACGGAGGUGACCACCACCAUGGUCAGGGGCUUGACCAUGAUCACGGGCGCGAUAACGACCACGGGCACAGGCGAGACCACGAACACGGGCAUCAUGACCCUGAGCCCGGUGACAAUGGUACCAAACCAGUGGUACAAGGUAAUGGGGGGUUUGCCUUCAGCCUGUACAAGCAGCUGGUGGUUCAGCCUGACAACCAGGGCAAAAAUGUGUUCUUCUCCCCACUGAGUGUGUCCCUGGCCCUGGCUGCUCUUUCCGUGGGGGCCAGGGGUCAGACCCACCAGCAGCUCUUCACUGGUCUGGGCUUCAACAGCAGCCUACUGACACAAGAACAGGUGGACCAGGCCUUCCAGACCAUACUCACACAGCUCAACCAGAAGAACGGAGUGGACCUGUCCAUAGGAAGUGCACUUUUCCUGCACAACACCUUCAAACCACAUCCUGAGUUCCUCAAGGACAUGAAGCGCUUCUACCUCUCAGAGGGUUUCACUGUCGACUUCACCAACACGGCCGUGGCCAUUGAAACGAUCAAUAAAUACGUGGGGGAAAAGACUCGAGGCAAGAUAGACAAGUUAGUCAAAGAUCUGGACCCAACCACUGUCAUGUAUCUCCUCAGCUACAUAUACUUCAAAGGAAAAUGGGAGAUUCCAUUUGACUCUAAAGACACAAAGGAGGACACAUUCCAUGUGGAUGACAACACCACUGUUCCGGUCCAGAUGAUGAGCGUGAAGAAGAGAUUCUCCGUCUACUACGACCAGGAGAUCUCCACCAGUGUCCUGCAGCUCCACUACAACGAGUCAGUGUCAAUGAUGCUGGCGCUACCAGAGAAGGGACUCACUAGGCUGGAGGAGGUCAUAGGUCAGAACCACAUCACCAAGUGGCACAGGUGGAUGAAGGCCAGCGAAUACCAGGUGCAUGUUCCCAAGAUGUCUAUCACCACAACAUACUCCCUCAAGGAUGUCCUGAGUGGAAUGGGAAUGCUGGACAUAUUCAGUAAUAGAGCUGACUUCAGUGGAAUAUCAGAGGAUCUGAAGGUGGCUGUUUCAGAGGUGGCGCACCAAGCCUCCUUGGAUGUGGAUGAGGCUGGAGCGACUGCAGCAGCUGCUACAGGUGUGGUCCUCAUGCCCCUCUCCUUCCGACGCACCCCUGUGUUGAAGUUUGACCGUCCGUUCAUGGUCAUUGUCAUGGACCGGGAGACCAAGAGUAUUCUCUUCAUGGGCAAGAUCAUCAACCCAGCCAACAAAUAAAACUAGUUCUAUGUAAAACCAGUGUUUUAGAAAACAUGUGCUCUAUAAAAGCUGUGGUCUAUAAUCGCAAAUUGAAGCGUAAGCACAUGCUUUGCCUGUGCUGCUGUUACAAAACCCAUCCAAACUUCUCUGGCUCAAUCUAGCCUGGGAAGCUAAAACUAACAAGCGUGUAAAUCCUCUGUAUUCACUUUGGUGGAUAUUUUUACAGCUACUAAAUGCAUAUCACCAUUU